AACAAGAAAUUCCUUAAAAGCAAUUAAGGAUUAAAGGAAAUUAAAACAAACAAUGUUUCAAUUGUUGAUGAAUCUGCCAAAAUAUUAAGAAUUUUUAAAAUGCAACCAGCCAAACAAUUAAUAUAUAAUGUUAACCAAAAACUGCCAUUAACAUGAAUAACAUAUACGAUAUAAAUAGAAAAAUAUAUAAAUAUAUAUGUAUAUAAAUAAAUAAAUAAUUGUGUGCAUACACAUACCUACAUAUGCUAGAAUUGUACAAGAGCAUUGUUCGAGACAUAAUAAAAAUUUUCAACCCGAUACCAAAAGCUGCCAUUAGUAACAACACAUAACAGUCAGUAAUUCGAUUUGAUUAUUUCGAGUAAGAUAACGUGUCGAUGUCGAUGUCGAUGGAAUCGCUAUGUUGAUGAGACAGACCGCCAAUCGGCAUAUCAAGCAAUCGUCGUUUAUGCUGAAUAAAUACAAUUCUAGAGCAAUGACAAUUAGUUAAAUUAUGUAAACGAUUGGUCCGGCGUGACUUUGAAAUCACUACACAAUAACGACUACUAUACACAUAAUCCUUUCAAACGUAGUGUAAUUCAUUUACCAAUGAAUGAGUCGGCGGAUGAUUUAGAAACAAAGCAUCAGACAUCAAUUCAGCUUGUGGUUUGCUUAACGGCGAUAGCGUAUCCAACGCAACCCUUUAUUAAGCCAUCGUUAACCCACAAUUCGAAAAGGCUUCGGCUUACCUUCUAUAGCCGUCAGGGAGUGCUGUACGACAUCCUAAGAUAGCAAACGCGUAAUAUCAUUGCCUCAGCUCGGUUAUAGGGAAUCAACUAAUAAUACAACACACAGGAAAUAACAUAACUGCCUAUGUAUUAUAUAAUCUUUAUAUCCGAAAGCUGCGCCUCAAGUCAACUUUGGCAAAAAAACAUUUUACGCAUUUGCAACUAAAUCCUGCUUCUUUGAGAAAACAGCAAAAGCAACCUUUAGAGAAAUUGCUAGAAGGAGUACGAGAGUACGAGAAAGAGUGAGAGAGAGAGAGAGGGAGAGUGAGAGUGAGAGAGAGAGAGAGAGAGUGAGAAAGCGCACGCGAGAGAAAGAGGCAGUGAAAAAAAGAAGAAGUGAGAGAAAGAGAGACAGAAAGUGAGAAAGAGAUCUACAACUCAACGUACGACUAACUAAUUUUACUAUACAACGAAGCAUCAUAACAAACGCUUAAAGGGGAAAUGAGAUGAAGUGGUUUCAAGUGGCAUUAGAUGUGAUUCUUGUGCUUUCAUUUAUAUUAAACGGCACAGCGAAUCCCGAUGCUAAACGUCUUUACGACGAUCUUCUCAGUAAUUACAAUAAACUUGUCCGGCCGGUUGUCAACGUAACGGACGCUCUAACAGUUCGCAUAAAAUUGAAGCUAUCGCAACUGAUCGAUGUCAAUUUGAAAAAUCAAAUCAUGACAACAAAUCUCUGGGUUGAACAGACUUGGUACGAUUAUAAGCUUAAAUGGGAACCAAAAGAGUACGGAGGUGUCGAGAUGUUGCAUGUACCUUCGGAUCAUAUCUGGCGGCCAGAUAUUGUACUCUAUAAUAAUGCUGAUGGUAAUUUUGAAGUAACUUUGGCCACUAAAGCCACACUUAAUUAUACGGGUCGCGUUGAAUGGCGUCCACCAGCCAUCUAUAAGAGUUCGUGUGAAAUUGAUGUUGAAUAUUUUCCUUUUGAUGAGCAAACGUGUGUGAUGAAAUUCGGUAGCUGGACUUAUGAUGGUUUUCAAGUGGACUUGCGCCAUAUAGACGAAUUAAAUGGAACAAAUGUAGUCGAAGUUGGUGUAGAUUUAUCCGAAUUUUAUACAUCGGUCGAAUGGGACAUUUUGGAAGUUCCUGCAGUAAGAAAUGAAAAAUUUUAUACUUGUUGUGAUGAACCCUAUUUGGACAUAACAUUUAAUAUAACUAUGAGACGGAAAACGCUAUUCUACACUGUAAACCUGAUCAUACCUUGCAUGGGAAUUAGUUUUCUAACUAUUUUAGUAUUUUAUUUACCCUCAGACAGCGGUGAAAAGGUCUCGUUAAGCAUAUCGAUUUUGUUGUCGUUAACAGUGUUCUUCCUGUUGCUGGCGGAAAUUAUUCCACCAACAUCGUUAGUUGUGCCGCUUUUAGGGAAAUUUGUACUAUUCACAAUGAUACUCGAUACAUUCAGUAUAUGUGUGACCGUGGUUGUUUUGAACAUACAUUUUCGUUCGCCACAGACUCACAUAAUGGCACCGUGGGUGCGUACAGUGUUCAUUAAUCAACUGCCACGAUUCCUAGUCAUGCGACGACCGCUGUAUCCAAUAAGUGAGAUGAUUAAGUCAUCAAGGAGACUCAUGGUACGUACAUGCAAUGGACUUGAAUUGAGAGAUCAAAUACCACCGCUGCCCCCACCAGUAGCCUUAUCACGCUUACAUCAUAGUCCGCAUAAAACGUCGCGCAGUACCUCACCACAUCUGCAGCAAAGAGUGCAAAGCCUCAACGUACUAAAUGAUUCGAGUGUAAUUUAUGAAGGAAGCUGUAUGGCGGGAGGAGCUUCUGUCAUUACUGGUAACUUUUCGAUGAUGUAUCCAUCCACUGUUAAUCAGGAAACAUCGACCACAUCGUCGUUGAUAGAUGCGCUACAUCAUAAUCAAUAUCAACAAACCGGUAGCUCGCUACUUGAUCAUCCGCUUACACCAACGAAGUUUCGGCAAAAAACUUCAACUUCCGUUCAAACAAACGGCAUAAGUGAAACUACACAGUAUAGCAUUUAUGGAACAAUUCAACAUGAACAACAUUUUGGUCAUAGGGCAGUCGGCAUCUCUUCUUCGACUACUACGUUACAUCAUCAGCAACAGCAACAACAUUCGCUUUCACAUCCCUAUUGUUUGUAUCGUCAGCAGUCGACAUCAUCAGCCAAUUUUUCCCCAGUACCUGCUCCAUUACAUCCUCAUCAACAGCAUCAAUCAACCAGCACUUGUGAUUUGUUGGCCAACACUAAUUCGAAUGUGAUGAAAUCUACAACGACAGUUAACUCGGUAGCAACAGCUUCAACAUUAGCGGGCUCUUGUUGCAGUGUAAGCGGAGCCGUACAAGUUCAUCAAGGUCUAGGGGCCGGAGCAGCUUGUCAAUCAGCUGAAUCCCAAGCAACGUCAAGUAAAGCGAAUCAACAACAGCAAACCGAAGAAAAUAUAAUUCAUAAGGAAAUUCUACCUCCAUGUCAGAGAGAAGGUGGACCACAAUGUUGCUCAGAUAAAAUCAGCAGUAGUGUACGUCAUCGUUGGCAUAAAUGUCCUGAACUAUUUAAAGCUAUGGACGGUGUUAGUUACAUAGCCGAACAGACACGUAAAGAAGAAGAAAGCACUCGGGUUAAGGAAGAUUGGAAAUAUGUAGCUAUGGUGCUAGAUCGACUCUUUUUGUGGAUUUUCACAAUAGCCGUCGUCUUUGGCACAGCUGGCAUAAUACUACAGGCACCGACUCUAUACGAUACCCGUGUACCCAUCGAUAUUAAACUAUCAGAAAUUGCAUCAACAACAGCGAAACCUAAUAUUGCCAAACCUAUGCUGUAAAUAUAUGAUGUUAACUAUGUAGCUGCGCGUACAUAUAUAUAUAUAUGUAUAAGAGGAAUGGGCGGCAAGCAAUUUCAUCAACAAAUCGAAUAACGAAUAAAUUGACGGAAAUGUCUAUUAGAAAUUCAUUAACUGUUAUUAUUCAACUUUAAUUACAUACAUACACAGACGACAACUAUAAGACGGAAAGAGUAUAAUAAAUUUAUCGAUUCGUUUGUAACGCUCAAAUGCGACAGCUAUAUGUAACAUCGAACGAGUCUUGAUUGUUCACUACCAACGCCGCCACCACCACCACCACCACCACCACCACGACCACGACCAUCACCACCACCACUAAUAUAUCGUUAAUUAUACUUGUAUAUUAAUUGGCUGAUCGAGUGAACGUUUGUAGAAAAAUUUCAAAUAACCUCGAUCGACAUUCAAACAAAAGAAAAUUUUCAUCUAUGCUCGAUCGACGGAUUCUAGAUUAUUACAAUAUCAUCAAACGCAAUCGAAUUGCGUUUAAUAAAUAAAUUUGUGAUCGGCUCCGGUUAACUCAAAUAGGCAACAUUUUAUAGGUUUCGACCUUAAUUUUUAAGACUUUGAAAAUUCCAAAAAUAAAGUGAAAUGAAAAUGUGAUAGAUAUAGGGAUCUCUGAUGAUUAGUUCUGCGUAUUGCAAAGUAACGGGCAAUUGGUUGGUAUUCCCCAUCUUAUGAUAAUGGUGGACACAUGAAAGUGCUCGGGGAUAUCUCAAUCUAUUCUUGUCCCCUCUCACUUGGCACUUUAUAGGCAAAUUUGAACUUAAAUAGUAAAAUGUUCAAAAUUUUAUUAGAUAAAGUUUUCGUAGACUUUAACACUCUUUUCAACUCUACACACAAUCUUCUGAAAUAAUAUUUACUCAACAUAUAUCAUAUCAGUCUAUCCGUUCAUUUGUUUAAAUGUUACUACUACGAUUACGCUGCCUUCCUCUUAUGAUAUUUGAAAAGGAAACAAAGUGAAAGCGUUUAUAAAUGCCCGAAUAUAUGUUUUUGUUCAUCGAUUGAAAGAAAAUAGAUAAAAAGAAACAAAACAAAAAAAAAAAAAAAACAAAAUGGAAUAAAGAACAGUAAGAGCGGCAUUAUUAAAUUCAGUAAUUUUUGAAAAUAACUUAAUAUUGAUGGAUACAGAGAUCUUGGCUCGGAUGAUAGACCAAUUUUUGUACGUUUUUACAUCGGUAUAGAGAAAAAUCUAAAUAAUUGUUGUGUUUAGAACUAAACAUACAUACAUAGAUACGUACGUAUAUGUGCGCAUAAGUUGCAUCUAUUCUGUAAACUUAUCUAUAUACAUAUAUAUAUAUAUAUAUAU